GCCACUCGUGCACAAGUAUAAGCUAUAAGCUAGGACAACGUUGUCAACACUUAAUGGCUUCGACUCUUCUUUGGUUGAGUGUUCUUCUUCAAAUGAUUUUAAUUAUAAGCAGCGGUCUCACGAUACCGUCCGAUCAACCUAGCUUUGAUCAGAAUUAUGCUGUGACAUGGGGAGGAAACCAUGUAUCAUUUCUAAACCAGAGAAGCGAGGUCCAGCUCUCCAUGGAUCAAAGUUCUGGUUCUGGAUUCAGCUCCAAGUUGGGGUAUGGUUCUGGGUUCUUUCACAUGAAAAUAAAGAUACCUAACAAGGAUUCUGCUGGAGUUGUCACUGCUUUCUAUAUGUCAUCUAAUACCAGCAACCAUGAUGAGCUGGACUUUGAGUUCUUGGGGAACAAGGAAGGGAAGCCUAUUACUCUCCAAACUAACAUCUUCACCAACGGGCACGGGAACAGAGAGCAGAGGAUAUACCUGUGGUUCGACCCAACUGCAGAUUUCCAUGACUACAAGAUACUAUGGAACCCUUAUCAAGUGGCGUUCUUCGUGGACGAAACCCCCAUCAGAGUAUUCAAGAACCUAACAAGCAGGGGAGUAGAGUACCCGUCACAAGCGAUGCAAAUAAUAGCGAGUCUAUGGGACGGCGAGGAUUGGGCGACCGAUGGGGGCCAGACCAAGACUAACUGGUCCCAGGCACCCUUCACCGCGCAAUUCCAAGGUUUCGCCGUCGACGGUUGCAUUUCACCUCCGGGAUCGAGCGCCAGUUCAUGCUCAUCUCCAGGCCUCUGGUGGAAUGCCGCGAGCUUCAGAGAGUUGGAUUCUUCUCAGAACACAGCAUAUCAAAACGUCAGGAAGAAAUAUAUGACUUACGAUUACUGUAGUGACAAACAAAGGUUCCCUGUAUUACCCCCUGAAUGCGCUAUGCAGAAUACAAGAUGAGUUGCAGUGAGAGACGUAAAAAAUGAAGGGUAAAUUUUCUGUAGAAUAGCAUGAAAACAAGAGUAUAAAAAUGAAGUAACAGCACAUACCAAGAGAAUAAAACUGGUCCGACGUGAAAUUCA